GAUAAAGUCCCGACUAUAAUUAAUUAUUGUUGAUGUUUCAUUUUCAAAGCAUCAGCCACAAAGUCAACAUCUUGAAAAGGAUGUCAAUGGAGAAUCUAACGGCAGAAGCAAUGGUAACUGCCGUGAUCAUAGCCUUACCUGUUGCUGUGUUCAUGAUAAACUCAGACCGCGCUCAGAAAGCGAUUGAGUUGUGCAGCGAAUGCUUGAUUUUGCUAAAUAAUACCAACCAGAACAGAAAAGACCAAUUUAUUUCACUACAUUGCAAUAUCAUCACUGCAAUUCUCUUCUACGCUUAUCGUCGUAUCUCUGACAAUAUAAAUGCGGAAAGAUACGGCAGGAAACUACUUGUCCUAUGCAGCGAGUAUGGUGCCUUAGUAGAAGAAGGAGAUAUUUGCAUGGCUCUGGCAGAGAUAGCUGAGAGUCAAAACAUUAACAGGUUUAGCGAAAAUUUAAAAGCGAAAGAGUAUAUUGAGAGGGCCCUUGCAAUAAGAAAAAAAAUUGGCGACAAAAGAGGAGAGGCAUACUGUUACGGAAACCUGGGUAAUGUGUUUGAGUCACUCAUGAAAUACGACAAAGCUGAAGAGUAUUACAAAAAAGCGCUUGUCAUCAAUACUGAAAUUGGCGAUAGAAAAGGGGAGGCGGAUGUCUACGGAAACCUGGGUCUUGUGUUUCAUUCGAUCGGGCGAUACAACGAGGCUAAAGAGUGUUACGAAAAAGCGCUUGUCAUUAGAACUCAAAUUGGCGACAGAGGAGGAGAGGCAAACGACUACGGAGGCCUAGGUAAUUUGUUUCACUUGCUCGGGAAAUACGACAAGGCUAAAGAGUAUCUCGAAAAGGCACUUGUCAUUAAAACAUUUAUUGGCGACAGGAAAGGAGAGGCAGUUGACUACGGAAACCUAGGUACUUUGUUUCAGUCGCUCGGGAAACACGAUAAGGCAAAAGAGUAUCUCGAAAAAGGGCUUGUCAUCAGUAUAGAAAUUGGCGACAGAAUAGGAGAGGCAGCUCACUACGGAAAUCUAGGAACUGUGUUUCAGUCACUGGGGAAAUUCGAUAAGGCUAAAAAGUAUUACGAAAGAGCACUUGUCACCAAAAAGGAGAUUGGCGACAGACAAGGGGAGGCAGACGACUACGGAAACCUUGGUAAUCUGUUUCAGUCGCUCGGGAAACACGAUGAGGCAAAAGAGUAUCUCGAAAAAGCGCUUGUCAUCAGAAUGGAAAUUGGCGACAGAAAAGGAGAAGCAGCUGACUACGGAAACCUAGGUACUUUGUUUCACUCGCUAGGGAUAUACGACAAGGCUGAAGAUUAUUACCAAAAAGCGCUUGUCAUCAGAAAAGAAAUUGGCGACAGAAAAGGAGAGGCAACUGACAACGGAAACCUAGGUGCUUUGUUUGAGUCACUCGGGAAACACGAUGAAGCCAAAAAGUAUCUCGAAGAAGCGCUUGUCAUCAGUAUUGAAAUUGGUUACAGAGCAGGAGAGGCAGCUGGCUACAGUAAUCUAGCUACUGUGCAUGAGUCACUUGACAAAUACGACAAAGCUAAAGAGUAUCUGGAAAAAGCGCUUGUUAUCAUGACUGAAAUUGGUGAUCAGGAAGGGAAAGCAGGAGCUCUUGCCGAACUUGGAUCUUUGUAUAGAGCUAUCGGUGAUUAUAAAGCUUCUGAAUUAUGCUUGGAGAGAGCAUUAUCCAUAUCCAGAGAUAUUGGAGAUAUUGAGAGAGAGUUCAGGAUUUUAACAGACUACGCCAUUUUGUAUUUACUUCAAAACAAAAUCAAAGACUCCCUUUCUUGUCUUCAUCUAUGCAUUGAAAAGUACGAGGAGUUGAGAUAUUGCUUGGGUGCCAAUGAUCAGUUCAAGACAUCACUUUUGGAAAACAAAGGAAUGUUUCCCUACAAGCUGCUUAGUAAUUUGCUUUGUCGAACCGGAAAUGUUCGUGAUGCUCUUUGCGUUGAGGAGCUGAGUCGAGCUAGAGGCCUUUCAGACUUGAUGGCAGAGAAGUACUCUGUUGAAACGCAUAUCUGUGCUGAUCCACAAUCUUGGUUUGGCUUUGAAAACAUUUUGAAAAAGGAAAAUAACUGUACUUGUCUUUACAUUUCUGAUCAAGAACGUUACGUGUUUUUGUGGAUCUUGAAAGCAAGUGGAGCCAUUCAUUUUAUACCAAUAUCUUUAGAAGAGAAUUUCGUUCAGGCUGGGUUGCACAAAGAUUUGUCUUUGAGUCAAUUUUUGGCUGAUAAUUUCCGAAGUCUUGGUAUUUUUCUCACUAAAGAUUGUGAAGAUCGGUCUUUAAAUAUGGCUGAAUCGCAGCCUCAUUCCCCCGAGCGAAAUAGCUCAGCAAGGAUGCGACUCGUGGUGGAGGACGGAGAAGUUAUUUCAUGUCUAUCGCUCUGUUACAAAAUCUUUAUUGCCCCAGUUUACGGUUUGUUAGCGGAGCCUGAAGUCAUUAUUGUUCCGAACAGUACUUUGUACAAAGUUCCCUUUGCUGCCCUGAGUGAAAAGGAGGGAGCCGAAUACCUCUCGGACACGCAUCGGAUCCGUGUCAUUCCUUCUUUGACAACACUCAAGACCGUUCAAGAUAGUCCAGAGGACUAUCACAGCAACGCUGGUGCCUUAAUAGUAGGCAAUCCCAAGGUUGAUUGGCUGCUACCAUUGCCAGGAGCAAGAAAGGAAGCGGAGAUGGUCGGACGACUGGUUGGUGUUCCGCCCCUGGUAGAAGAGGAAGCAACGAAGCAGGCGGUACUUGAAACAAUAGGUUCAGUAGGCCUGAUACAUUUUGCCGCCCAUGGUGACGCCGAAAGAGGAGAAAUUGCUCUCGCUCCCAUUCCUACUUCCAGCAGUCGAAACACUAUCCCACCGAAGGAUACCUAUAUGUUGACGAUGGCUGAUGUCUCACGAGUGAAACUCAGAGCUAAACUGGUGGUACUUAGCUGUUGUCACAGUGGAAGUGGAGAGGUGAGAGCCGAGGGAGUUAUAGGAAUUGCCCGUGCAUUCUUGGGGUCUGGUGCUCGCUCGGUGUUAGUUGCACUUUGGGCCAUACCAGACUCAGCAACAGAGCAGCUGAUGAAACAAUUCUACGAACGUCUUGCUGAAGGAGAAAGUGCCAGUGAAUCUCUUCAUCAGGCCAUGAAGUGGAUGAGAAAUAACGGCUUUACCAAAGUGUCCGAGUGGGCUUCGUUUACGCUGAUCGGAGAUGAUGUGAGGCUCGAUUUUGGCAAGCAGAGGACAAAAGACCCUGACAGUUAAAAUGACAGGAAUGACUCCCAGGAAACAGAGCUAAGAGACUUUUGAAUGGAUGAAUUAAAUAGAAUACGUAGAGAACAGACUCUGAAUAUUUUUUCAAUGUCUAGUUCAAGAAAAAGAGAUUUUUUUGAAAGUAUAUUAUUACUUUGUAUUCGGGAUCUCGAAAUAUUUAUCCGCAAGGAGAUAAAAUUUUGAUAUUCUGCGUUUUCUCUUUCCAUAUUCAACUGAAGGACGUAUUGGUUGGCACUCAGACAAUGCUUUAUUGUAACACAUUAUAAUUACAAAUUAUGUCCUGGUCCAUUAGUCUCGUCCAAUAAAUUUCGCAGAAAGGAAACGAGACCGUCUCCAGUAGUGUCACCGUGAUUUAUUUAGAAAUUUUCGAGUGGCGAAACAAAAUCUGGGUUUACACCGCCAAAAACUUAGCAACUCAAUUGAACAAAUAAAAUUGACCACUAUCCUCGAUUAGCCUGCGAGUCACAACGCGUGACAGAACAAAUUACAUCAUACCAUUUUCACGGAGAAUUGUUGACAUGAGGCUCUUUUGCAAAUUAUAAUCAGUUAAGUAGUAAACGAGCCACCUAACUCCGGUAGGGUUUUUCUCAAAGCCAUUUCUUAGGAUUAGUUAAUAGAACAUUAAAUAAUUGAGGAAUGAAUUUGACGUGACAUUUUUGGCACAAAAACCGUUUCUUUUGGUCUCCUUCUUGAAAGAUUGAAAUAGGAAAAUGCAUAGAUCUGAAAAUAGGAUUAGGACAAUUGGCUAUUGUGUGAUUUUUAUAAAGCGGAAAACAUACACCAGCAAUAUUAUGAAUCGUGUCACCUACAGAUUGUAAUUAAAGAAAAGAUGUUUUUUUGCAGGCUCAUAUUAACUACUGCCUUUUACUUGUUUCCAAGUUAGCUUUUUAGAAUGUUGUUAUAGCCAUCAAGGGCCUCUAUAUUUCCACGUAUUUUAUGAUUAUUCAGAAAAUACAUACACUGCUCUUUUUUUG